CUGUCUUCUUCAAUCUUCCACUCUCCAAGUUCGAACCUUUUCCCCUCUUCUUCUCCUUCUUCAUCUUCCAAUCUCUUGAACUUCCUCGGAGACCUUAACAUCAACGCAUCCCCUGCAAACAUGGCGGCAUCUUCGUCUUCCUCCGGCGAGGUCUCAACCCAGCUAGAGUUCAUCAAGCAACUCCUGCUGGGCGAGUUCUCCCCCAUCGGUCUCUGUAAUCCUCUGCAUUUCGGUGACACCCAGUGGGCUAAUGGAGUUGCCAACUCGGUGUCUGGCUCGCAGAGUUCAACUACUGCCGAGUCCGAACUCACCUUCUCGGGAUUCCAUUGCCCGAACGGGAACGGUGAUCUCUUCGAUUUCGAACGGAGCUCUGUUCCGACAGGACAGAGCCAGACGACGAACCUCUUUGAAUUUGAAUCGAAACCUCAGAUCAUCGACUUCAAUUUCGAGCAGAAACCCAAAAUUAAUCACAAUCAGACGGUGGCGAGACCCUCGCAAGUGGCCAAAAAGCCGUCCCUGAAAAUCUCUCUGCCAAACAAGACCGAGUGGUUGCAGUUUAGCUGCCCUAACCAGACGACCCAAGUUAGCGGCCCCCCCGCCGUCGCCGCCACGGAGGCGGAGCAGAGGCACUACCGAGGGGUGAGGCAGCGGCCGUGGGGGAAGUUCGCGGCGGAAAUCCGCGACCCCAACCGGAAGGGCACUCGGGUUUGGCUCGGGACCUUCGACACGGCAAUCGAAGCCGCCCGGGCUUACGACCGAGCCGCCUUCAAGCUCCGCGGCUCGAAGGCAAUUCUAAAUUUUCCACUCGAAGCCGGAAGGUUUGAGUCUGACCCUGAACCCGCCGCUGCGGCUACUGCCGACAGCCGGAAACGGCAGCACGAGGAGGAGACGGAAGUUAAGGACGUCGCGGUGAAGAAGGAGAAGGUGUCGUUACCCCAAGACGCCGUCAGUCACUGCCGGGACGCUCCGCUGACGCCGUCAAUUUGGACGUCUUUAUGGGAGGCUGACGUUAAAGGGAUCUUUAACGUUCCUUUAUUGUCGCCGUUAUCUCCACAGCUUAUGGUUAUCUGAAGGAAUUUUUUCAAAAUUCAUUCUUGUCCCCGUUGCUUAAAUUUAUUUAUUGAUGUAUAUAAAAGAAAAAAGAAGGACGUAUUCAUGAUCUACUCAAACAAUUAUAUUCAUUAAUUUAU